GGGUCGUUUAUUGAUGAUCGUCUAUUUCUGGACUGUGCGGUUUUUGUUGUUGAAAUGAGCGGCUGUUAAAGAUCUGUCGCUUAAGUCACAGUUUCAGGUGACGUUUAAGCUCUGGAUCGGAGGUUAUAUCCAUCAGUCCCAGGACGGGGAUAGGGAAUGAGUCCAUCUUUUAUCCAAACAUCAGAUCAAAAGUAAUUAAAUCCAGAUUUCAUCCUCUGCUUUGUGUGGAAAUAUGGACUGCAGCGGUGUUGCACUAGGUUUGGAUGUGGAUAAUAGUUUUGGACAAAUGAUUUGGCAGAACCUCCCUUCCAUGGUGCAUCUGGAUCUCCUGUCCUCUAAAGGUUCUCCUCAGCUCCCGGAGAUGCUCCUAUCGCCUUUGUUCCAGGAUUCACAUCCCAAAGCCUUUCUGCUGUCAAGCCCAGAGCCAUUACUCACCCUUCUCUCCUUGAACAGAAACUCACCAGGUACUCCUGCUGGUGCUGGUGCUUCACAAAUGUGUUUCAUGCCCACACUUGAAGACAAAGGACAAGACGGGGUCGAGCCCAGUCACAACCUCACACCUCUGCAACAUGGUUGUUCUACAAGAGAUUGCCAAGCUGGCACCAAAUCACUUUCACACAGCAGGAAGAACAAUGCUUUAAACCAAACACUGGUUAGAACUAUGGAGGAACUAAAGGAAGGACUGAUGAUUCAGUCAUUGUGGCAUCUCUCCCAGCACAUUUCAUUGGCAAAUCGAGCCAGUCAUUUACAACAGAGGGUGCUGGCGAUGCUCGGUGAACAUGCUUCUAGGCACUAUAGCCACCAACUGGAUGGUUUGAAGAAGGAACUUCUUGAAGCACGCCAUUCCCCCAAGAUCCCCAUGACACCAGAGUGUCUUUUUGAGACGUUUAAUGGUGUAGAGAUGCAGGAAGCAGAGCAGGCUCUUAUAAGAAACCCCCAGUACCCUCAAGCACAUGGGCAACCUCUGAAAUCCAGAGAUUUGCAGAAUUUAGCACACAAUGGUCAAGCUGUUCUGCAUGGAGUGCUGGAGGCUCUGGACUCAGACGCCACCGUAAGCAGCUCAGAUGAGGAGUGGGACCAGGAAGAUGCCAAAGGGACCUCAGUGGAUUCACAUUGUCAUGUCUGUGAGUGGAGAUGGCUGAAGGACAGAGCUGAACUCUGCAGUCGCUGGACGUGGCUGCAGAUGAGACUGUCUGAUCUGGACUCUCAGAUUCAGCAGCUUGGAAAACUCAGGCAGCAGAUCCUCUCUAAUAAGGGUCAUGUGAUUUUGGCAGUGUCUCAGCCCCUGACAGACAGGCAGAUUCAACACACCUUGUGGACAGAGACUAUGGAUCUUUCAUUCACAGCUGGGAACAUGCAAGAUUUGCACUCUGAUCUAGAUAUGGAACCCAUCAGCCCCACACGCCUUCUGAGGAACAUUGAGAGACAGAGUGCCCAGCUGACUCAGAUUGUAAACAGCUUCAUGCCAUCUUUGUGUGCCUCUCCUUCCUCAUCACCUGUGUCUAAAGGACCUUGCAAUCGCUGGAGAGGUCAACAGAAAACAGCUUACAGUGGUGGACCACAGUGUUUACACAAGGCCAGGCAGAAGAGGAAGCAAACAUGUCACAGAGGCCAGUACCUUCCUCAGGUGGACGUCACCUGUAUGUCAGCCCGGACGCGACCCCUUCUGACCUAUCACAAGCCUAGACUUUUCGUCAUGGACCCACUGUCUCACAGAGAACAGGUUCUGGAGUCUUCCCAUUCUCUUUGUGAUCCUGCAUCUGUGUGCACAGAUCCUUCAUGUCUCCACAGAAAAGACAAAACAGAUGGCAAAAUGCAUCCCGCUCUAUCACUUUCCUCAGAAACUCCAUUGUCCUGCCAUCUGCAAAAUUCUCUGUUUGAGGAAAGUUUGCUUCAGCGAUCUCUCCUCCUGAAAACUGAGCGCACCAGUCCCCAUCACUGUCUCAGCUCCAGAGGCAGAGUUUCCCGGUCUUUAUUCCAUUGCAGUCAUCAGCCCAAAAAUGGGAGGCAUUUGAAGAGGCACAGAAGGGAGAGCACUCCUAUACAAUGGGCACGUACCCGAGACCACCAGAGUCCAGAUUACAGGGAGGGCAAGAGGAGGCGGCGCUGCUCUGAGAGGCCAAUGGACAUCUCCAGUAUUACACCCAAGUCUGAUCUGGUCUCCCAGAGUGAUGACAGUCAGGUGGAGGAAUCUUCAGAGGAUGUGACUGUCUCUUACUGUACACCCACACAACAGAGAAACUCACAGUUCUCAUCGCGCAGGAGAAAUUGUGAGAGUAUUUUCAGCAUUGAUGACAUUGUCGUUCCUAUGUCUCUGUUUUCAUCAGUGAAAGUGGAAAGACUUAACUAUAAGAACAUUUUGACACCCAGUUGGCGAAAGGUGGAUAUUUUAUCGAAAAGCGAGGAGGAUGAGCAAGAGGAAGGGAUGUCAGAAGCAAUAGAAGAUGAAGAUUUCUUUCAGAGGCACCAGAGUUAUGAGCGUAGAGAGAAACUACGCUGGUCCUACUGGGAUCAGGACAGAAGACACAGGAUCAGGUCAUCCAGGAAAAUCUGCUCUUCUGUAUCUGUGAGAGACCAUCCUGCUCACUGCCACCCACCUGUACAUUCUCCUGUUCCCUUCACCUGGACCUUCAGUACUUCUGAAGAUUCAUCAGAAGCCAGUGUGGAUGAAAAAGAGCCAACGCAACCAUGGAGGAGACGUACGUUCCCCCUGACUGGUCAAGAUGAGGAAGCCUUGAGCUCAAUGACUUUUUCACCCUGGUACUGCACUUCUUAA